AUGAAGGGCAGGUGUGAUCAGUCACAAGCGGAAUAAGGAAUUAGGCGCAACGCUUCGCACACAAACAUUCCAACACAGAGACAGACCCACAAGGGACAUGAUGAAGGCACUACAGCUGUUCAGCACCCUGAAGAAAUCUCAAGGCCAUUAAAUCCCAAGCACCCAGUUCUACAACCAGGACGCCACAGAAAGCCCAUGACGGCUCCAAAGACUCAGAAAAACAAGGCGGCUAAGAUCAAGAAAGUGUUGCUGAUUAUACUGCUAGUUCUGGUGAUACUGGGCACACUGGCCACUGCAGGAUACUUCACUAAAAUGCUGAUUGAAAGCAAAUACUUCUUCUGCACAAAGUCAGUGAAAUUCAUCCCAUUGGAGCAAACCUGUAAUGGCAAAAAUGACUGUGCUGGAGGAGAAGAUGAAAUUACAUGUCUGUCAACUCUUCACGUCAACACUACAUUUCCAGGUAGAGUCAAAUAAAAUGUCCUGCAAGUGUACAGUCCGGACUCAGUUUGGCGGAGCGUGUGUUAUGACGAUUGGACCGAAGGGCACACACAGACAGCAUGUAAACAACUGGGAUACACAAUGAACCCCAGUAGCCAAAGCAUCCCAGUGAGCUCUUUAAUGGUACAGAUGAAAACUGGACCAUUUGCAGCUGUCAGGGCUGGGAGCUCAAGCACGCCGAUACACCAGGCUACCACUGAACGCAGCGUAUGCAAGACUGGAUCUGUGGUAUCUUUAUCCUGUUCAGACUGUGGAGAAGCAGUUGUUGAGGGUCGUAUCAUUGGGGGCACUGAUGCUUCCAUUGAGCACUGGCCCUGGCAAGUCAGCCUGCGGCGUGCUGGCCAGCAUACAUGUGGAGGCUCACUGGUGUCACCACGUUGGGUAGUCACUGCCGCCCACUGCUUCUCUGGAAAUGGUAAGGAGCUGAGUCAGUGGAGAGUGGUGUCAGGUCAGACAUAUGUGACAUCACUGGGAGGCUCCUAUGUGGACAGGAUUAUAGUGCAUGGAGGCUAUGAUCCAGUGACAAAUGACUACGACAUAGCACUGAUGAGACUCAGUAGCCCCAUCACAGUGGGAGAUACCCGCAGACCAGUUUGUCUACCUCCUAAAGACUAUGGCCUUACUGAUGAAGCCUCAAUGCAUGUGACAGGUUGGGGAUACCAGCGUGAAAAUGGCGUGGUUUCUGACAGACUACAGGAGGCCAGUGUCCCUCUGAUAGUCCAGUCUACAUGUUCCAGCUCCACCAUCUAUGGUAGUGCCAUAACACAAAGGAUGCUCUGUGCUGGUUUCCAGGAAGGGGCAGUUGAUGCCUGCCAGGGGGACAGUGGGGGCCCUCUGGUGCACUUCAAUGCCAACAAAUGGCAUCUGGUAGGAGUGGUGAGCUGGGGCGAUGGCUGCGCCCGGAAGGGAAAGCCGGGUGUUUAUUCCAACGUGGAGGAGAUGCUCAACUGGGUCCAAACAGCCACUGAGAAAAACCCAUGAUGUCAUCCACUGUGACAAACAACCACCACAAGACUCCAACACGGUGUACGUCUGCUAGACUGUGAAACUAAAACAAACCUUUUUUUCCACCAUUGUGGUUCCUUAAAGGUGAUAAAAGGCUGAAGAUCUCAACAACAAAAUGGAAACACAAACCCAGCCAUACGGAUAAGAAAAGUACAAAUGUACGAUGUCAUGUGUGCCAUUUCAUGUUCUUUAUCUCAGGGGACAAAUAUAUUUAUAUUGCUAUGUGCACUGGUCAGUUUUAUAGCAGACUGCUUAAACAUUGUUUUAUUUUGGUGUGUGUGUGUGUGUGUGUGUGUGUGUGUGUGUGUGUGUGUGUGUGUGUGUGUGUGUGUGUG